ACCUUUUAGAUGGAUUUCUUCCAGAAAUGGCUAGAGUGAAAUUUGAAUAUGAACCUCAACAUAAUGACGAACUUCGGCUUGGAGAGAUUGGACAGCUCAUCACUAUUAUCCGAAAGGAUUGCGGGGAUGCCGGAUGGUUUGAAGGAGAAAUCAAUGGACGCCGUGGCUUGUUCCCAGACAACUUCGUUGAACUUGUUCAGGAUCUUGUUGUUGGACAACCUGGCCAAGUCGCUUCAAAACUUACAAAGUCUGUGGUAGUUACCUCUGGCACUGAAUCUGUUGCAACAGCGAGACCUGUUAGCAGCAUCGAAACGGAGGAAGCAUCUGAUGAUGUCGCUAGG